UUUAAUCAAAAUGUGCAACAAAAUUACUGUGCUGACCCUUGCCUAUAUUGUUAUAUUCAUAUCAGUGGUGAAAUGUGAAGAUGAUAUGCAGCCAACCCUAUUGGACUUCUUGAGCAAAGAUGCGAGCGUCGGCCGUACGUUUGGACACAAUGCCCUCAAGCGACUCUCCUUUAUCUUCUUACCUGUGAUGUUCACCUUAGGUGUCAUCUCCACGCUGCUCAUGGCUCUUGCUGUCAUCUCCGUCAAGAAUCUCGCCAUUGGAGUUAUCCUUCUCAUCGUCGCCAUCAGUCAAGCGGUGUCUCGACUGCUGUUCGCGGCGUCUUCUCCUGCGCCUCUAGUGCACCUUCACCCCCGAGCUGAGCUUCUGCCUGCCCCUGUCGCCGCCCCCUGGCCAGCGCCAGCCCCCGUCUUCUCCCCAUGGGCCAGAUCCGACAAUGACGCAACUAUAUCCGAUUAG